GAGAGGAUCGAGAGAGAAAGAGUUGUAGGUUGACGAAGUGGAUUGAAGUGUGAUGUGAAUUUAUAUUGAAAGUUUUGUGGGUUAAUGACUUGCAGAAUUUCAGUUACAUUACUACCGACUGUUACCAGGACCAUCGUCCAAGCAAAGGAAAUCUCUGUAGUAAGCGCAGGACCCACAGAAUGGUCGAUGUUCUGUCAGCACGCUUGCAAGACUUGUACACCAAGUGGGAGAGCCGCAGUGAGCCACGUCUUGUACAGCAGGCAAACUCUCAGAUUUUGUCGUAUGGGGGGCUGCGGCGCUAUGGUCAUCAGGAGCGUCUGCAGAAGCGUGCACUGGCCAGAGAGGCAUCCAGAGAGUCCAAGUUGGGGGACCUGCUGGAGAUCAAGGAAGAGCCAUGGCAGCUUGAUUUGAACAUGGAGAAACGCCCCUUCAUGGGGCUCUGCUGCAACAACUGCACAUCUAACAGCCGGAACUCAGCUGUAGCGAAGGUUCAUCAGGAGCAAGGGCUGCGCAACAUCCUGCUGGUGGAUGCACAGGACUCUGGAAACAACUUCCUGACACGCAAGUUCUGUCACCUGUCAACUGUGUACCAGCUCAAGAAGUAUGAAUAUCCCCAGUUGGCUCUGACGGUAGUGAAAGAUGAGCAAUUGCGACAGGUCAUCGAGGCUGCAGCCAAGGAUGACUACAGUAAAAUUGGUGAGGAAGAUGAUGAGGUGUACAAGGGUAUUCUUCAGGGACAUGAAGCAAGGGCGACCAAGAUACUGUAUGACAUGCGAUCCACACUGUCUGACUUCUUACUCAGGGUGACCUCGUGGUUACUGUACAAGCUGCUGCCUCGCUUCCUGACAUCUGUGGUGGCACACCCUGCCCAGGUACAAAUGCUCAUAAAAGCAAGUAAUACAGGGCUGCCUCUUAUCUUCCUGCCGAUGCACCGCAGCCACCUCGACUAUAUCCUCAUCUCCUUCAUUCUGCUGAAUAAUAAUAUCCGUUCCCCACUUGUUGCUGCUGGAGACAACCUCAGGAUUCCAGUGUUUGGUUGGCUGCUGCGAGGGCUUGGGGCAUUCUUCAUCAAGAGGAGAAUGGACCCUGUUCAGGGCCGGCGGGAUACUGUGUACCGUGCUGUGCUCCACACAUACAUGAUGGCAUGUCUGCGUGCAGGUCACAAUAUCGAGUUUUUCAUUGAAGGUGGCCGCACCAGAACAGGGAAGGCGUGUUUGCCAAAAGGGGGUCUGCUGAGUGUUAUUGUGGAUGCAUACAUGGAUGGAACAAUUGAAGAUGCGUUGCUUGUGCCUGUUAGUGUCAAUUAUGAGAAGCUUGUGGAUGGCAACUUUGUCAGAGAGCAGUUGGGCCAACCCAAGCAAAUGGAGACGUUUUGGAAAGCCAUUAGGAGCAUCUGGUCUGUGCUUAAUUCAAACUAUGGCAUGAUGAGGAUAGACUUCAACCAGCCAUUCUCACUUCGGGAGCUGGUCCGAUCGUUCCAUGCCUGCAAUAAAAGCAAGUUGCACACAAGUGUGCCUGACAGUGGUGGUGGGGGGGACUCCCCCCUUCAGAGCGUUCCCAGUGAGAACCCCAAGCCGAUCAAGAGCCUGCACACAGUACCUUCAAGUGCAUCACUGUAUGGAACAGACAUAAUGGUGGAGGAGCACAGACUGAUUGUAGAGAGCAUAGCGAGGCACAUAGUAUAUGAUUGCUCAUCAUCAACAGCAGUGAUGUCAACAAAUGCAGUUGCAUUUCUGCUACUGAACCGCUUUCGUAAUGGUGUCAUCAUGGACAAGCUGGUUGAGGCAAUGGAGAAACUGAAGAAGGAUUUGUUCUAUGCUGGUCGUGACUUUGGCUUCACAGGGGACAUGGUGGACGUCAUCAACCAUGCUUGUGAUCUCCUAGGCCCAGGAUUGGUGCGUCGUGAACGGGUCAUUAAAAGCAGGGAUGAAUCUGUCGUGAUGGUGCGCCCCUUCACCAUGGUGCCAAAUGUGAUUGAGCUGUCAUACUACAGCAAUGUACUCUUGUCUCAUUUUGUUCUGGACAGCGUCGUAGUCACUGCCCUGUACUCUCUUCUGUCUGCUGAUCCAAACCCACCUGCCAUGGUUGGCAGCUACCAGGUGCUACCAUUCACAGAGGAACAGGUUCAGCAGUUUGCUCUGGAUCUCUGUGAAGUCCUGCAAUUUGAAUUCAUCUUCACCCAGCCAUGUCGGCAGCUGGAGACAGCCAUUGAAGAUGUUCUCACCCAGUUCAGAUACAAGGAGAUCCUUUUGUGCAGUGAGCCCACACACUCCGAGAACCAUCAGUGGGCCAUGAGGUUCGUGAAGAACUUCAGUGGUGACAGCAGUGACUCUGGUGAUGAGAAAGGUACAGACAGGAGGAGUACACAGACAUUGAUGCUCGACACACGGGAGGAAGCCCUUCAGAGUCUGGAGUUCUACCAUGCCCUUCUGCGACCACUGAUUGACGUGUAUGCAGUGAGUGCACUGGGGCUGCACCGACUUGUGGGUCGCCAGCUUACUGAACAUGAUUACUUGCAGGAGUUGCUGUUGGAAAUGAGGACACAGCUCAAGAUGGGGUUUGCCCAGUAUGAGGAAAGUUUAUCUGUGGAUCCUUUUAAGAAUUCACUGAAGCUAUUUGAACGUUGGGAAGUGCUUGAGUGCCUGUCACAUGACCGAAUUAAACUUUAUUACCUGAGGGACGAGUUUGACAGUGAGCGGAAUGUACAAACAGUGUUUGAGAAAGUGAAGAGGUUCAAAUGGGCUCCUGUGCCAAGUGGUGCUUCUUGAGGACUGGGACAUUCGUCUUCCAUAAUAGGUACAAACAGCUUGUUUCUAAUUGACAGUAACAUUGGAGUGUCUCCUGAUCGACAGUAACGUUCGAGUGUCUCCAGUACUGUGGCCCAUACAGAUUAUAAGGGAGAUGCAGGCAGGAAGGCUCUUAUUAAUACUCAAUGGGCUGGGUUCAUUUAAUUUGGUGAACAAAACAUUGAACUUGCGAGAUUUGAGGUUGUGAUAGCAGUGACCUUGAAGUGGGAUGUGAUGCUGCGUAGUCUGAUAGAAGUUCACUGAUAUUAUGCCAGAAGCUGGUGCUUGCUUCCUGCUCUUUGCUUGUUCAGCAUAUCUCCCUCCCCGAAGAUGGAGGCCCUGAAUUCCUGCAUAAUAUCAGUUAUCCUCUGCUGGACUGUGUGGCAUCACAUUCUGGAAGACAGUACCCUUCGUAACUUCAGACAUUUGUGCCUUAACUGUGAUGUUUUUUGACGAAAUACACAAAACCUUUACGCAUCCCAUUAGUCAUCAGUUAUUGUGUUCUUGUUAUUGUGUGUGUGUGUGUUUUAGAUUUUAACAAAGUGUAUCUAAAAUAUCUAUUAUACUGUUUUUGUAGGGAA